UAAAGUCUAAUAAAAUCCAGCAGACACAGCACACUCCACCCAAACUCUCAAAACCCUAACAAUUAACAAAAACCCUUUCUCCGUAUCCCUCUUCCGCCGCGACCAUGGCGGAGCUCAAGCUCUCGGAGAGCCGCGACCUCACACGCAUAGAGCGCGUCGGCGCCCACUCCCACAUCCGCGGCCUCGGCCUUGACUCCUCCCUCGAGCCACGCGACGUCUCCGAAGGCAUGGUCGGCCAGGUCUCCGCCCGCAAAGCCGCCGGCGUCAUCCUCCAGAUGAUUAAGGACGGCAAAAUCGCCGGUCGCGCCGUCCUCCUCGCCGGCCAGCCUGGAACCGGCAAGACCGCCAUCGCCAUGGGUAUGGCCAAGUCCCUCGGCCUCGAAACCCCCUUCGCCAUGAUCGCCGGCAGCGAGCUCUUCUCGCUUGAGAUGUCGAAGACUGAGGCUCUCACACAGGCCUUCCGUAAGGCCAUUGGUGUUCGCAUCAAGGAGGAGACCGAGGUCAUCGAGGGUGAGGUUGUGGAAGUCAACAUUGACCGUCCUUCAGUCUCCGGAGCUGCCGCGAAGACCGGGAAGCUGACGCUGAAGACGACGGAGAUGGAGACGGUGUAUGAUCUCGGCGCUAAGAUGAUUGAGGCGCUUGGGAAGGAGAAGGUGACUGGUGGUGAUGUUAUUGCCAUUGACAAGGCUUCAGGGAAGAUUACAAAGCUGGGAAGGUCGUUCUCUCGGUCGAGGGAUUUCGACGCGAUGGGGCCGCAGGUGAAGUUUGUGCAGUGCCCUGAUGGAGAGUUGCAGAAGAGGAAGGAGGUCGUGCAUUGCGUCACUCUUCAUGAGAUUGAUGUUAUCAAUAGCAGAACACAGGGAUUUCUGGCUCUUUUCACUGGUGAUACCGGUGAAAUUCGCGCAGAAGUCAGAGAGCAAAUCGAUACCAAAGUGGCAGAGUGGAGAGAAGAAGGAAAAGCAGAGAUUGUGCCAGGUGUUCUUUUCAUUGAUGAGGUGCACAUGCUUGACAUAGAAUGCUUUUCAUUCCUCAAUCGAGCUCUAGAGAAUGAGAUGUCUCCCAUAUUAGUUGUUGCUACCAACAGAGGCAUCACCACUAUUCGAGGCACAAAUUACAAAUCCCCACACGGGAUUCCCAUUGAUUUACUUGACCGACUCCUCAUCAUCUCCACUCAACCUUAUACUGAGGAUGAUAUUCGCAAGAUUCUGGAUAUCAGAUGCCAAGAGGAAGAUGUAGAUUUGACUGAAGGUGCAAAGCGGUUGUUAACCAAAAUAGGUGUAGAAACAUCCUUGAGAUAUGCUAUUCAUCUAAUCACAGCUGCUGCAUUGGCAUGCCUAAAGCGAAAGGGGAAGACAGUAGAGUUGGAAGAUAUAAACCGGGUUUACAAUCUGUUCUUGGAUGUCAAAAGAUCGACACAGUACUUGAUGGAAUAUCAAAGUCAGUACAUGUUCAGUGAAACAGGAGAAGUUGAUGAAGAUGAUGCAAAUGUUAAUGCUAAUGCUAUGGUCUCCUAAAAUUAGCGAAUUUCAGCUUGAGAGUUUGUAAUUAUCUGCUCAGUCGGCAAUUUAUUGCAUGAGGCCUGUGCACUUGACUUGAGUUUGAUAUCAAUCAUCAGCUGUUUUCUGUGGUUUAACUGCAAUAUCUAUUUUAUGCAUGUGAGAGGCUGUAAUGUAUUUGUGUUACUACUGAACUUUUCCCUGACUCGGUUCUCUUUUGUUAUUUUUUAUUUUGCUGUGUCAUGCGUGCUUAUCAAGCCCAAUUCAUUGUAAUUUUUAGGUA